AUCCAAUUUGUCAACUAGAAGAUAAAACUAACUAACCAAUCAAAUAACGAAACGGUUAUGAAGCAAUGACCAGUGAAAUCGCGAUAUUUCAGUAGACGGAAGUAUUGUACUCAGCACGUUUUAAUGGAUGGAUAGCUUACUGGCUAGCUGAGAUGGCUAGCUUACAUUUUAUCUUUGAUAUAAAAUAAAUAAUGUUCGGAUUUUACAUACCAGCGCAGUCAUAACGUUAAUUUAUCUACAUGUUUCAGUAUUUCUAAAAUAAACAUUGUUUCGAGUCAUGGAAGAAGUAGAGUCAGCUGAGGAGAUUUUAACCAAGCAACAUCGAAAAGAAAAGAAGGACCUGCAAGCAAAAAUCCAGGGCAUGAAAAAUGCUGUUCCGAAAAAUGACAAGAAGAGGCGGAAACAGCUGGCCGAGGACAUUGCUAAGUUGGAAACUGAACUCAAUCAAAAACACGAGGAAGAACUCAAACUACUGAACUCUUCAAGUGCUGGAGGAGAAAAGGUGGAAGAGGUUGUGAAUGGAGUGGACUUCCUUGCUUUGGAAGGAGAAGAGGAGCUGAGAGAAGCUAAACAAGGACGAGGCCCAUCCAAAGCUCAGAAGAGAAGGGACAAGAAAGCCGCUGCUGAGAAGGAGAGAGAGAGUCGUAUAGCAGAGGCUGAGGUGGAGAACCUGUCUGGCCUGAGACACCAGGAGGGGCUGAAGCUGGCCCAGAAGCUGGCAGCACGGCAGCUACAGAUCAAGGAGAUUUCCUCAGACGGUCACUGUAUGUACCGUGCUGUGGAGGACCAGUUGGCCCAGCGCGGAUUGGGUCUGAACCUGAAGGAGCUCCGGGCCCAAACCGCACAGCACAUGAGGAGCCACGUGGACAACUUCCUCCCCUUCCUGACCAGCAGCGCCACCGGGGACCUGUACUCAUCUGAUGAAUUUGAGAAGUACUGCAGUGAUGUAGAAGACACCGCCGCUUGGGGGGGGCAGCUUGAGCUCAGAGCUCUGACACAGGUCCUCCAACUGUCAAUAGAGGUGAUCCAAGCAGAUUCUCCAGAUAUAAUCAUUGGAGAGGAGUUUGACAAGCCACCCAUCACUCUUAUUUACAUGCGUCAUGCCUAUGGACUUGGAGAGCACUACAACUCUGUUCAGCCCCUGAAGAGGACAGCUGAAGCCGUCGCUGACUUUAAUGAGAUGGUUGUUGGAGCAGGGAUGGAUGUUGAAGAACAUCAUGGUCGAGACUUUUAAAUCGCAGUGUCAAACAUCAACUUGAGUUUACUCCUGGAAUGCUGUCCCUCUAUUUCCCCGAAGGAUCCAUUGUUAUGGUCAUCAUGUGUGUGUUUGUGUGUGAGAAUCUGUGGGACAGUCAGUAGGCGUAGCAGCACUUCACUUAGCUGGUGGAGAAUGAGGGAAGACACCAUCCCAGGGAGCUGAGGAAGAAUUGAAAAUCACUUUGAACAAAUCUCACCAGUGCUUGUGAAUGUUCCUGAUGUCAUCAUGAAAAUGUUCCCUGUAAUGCAUUUGGUGAUGUGUCUUUAUGAACGCACCAUCAAAAGGUGAUCUUAUUUGCUGCUGGUGGUCAAUAUUGUCUUGUACAAUAAACCAAUCAAAAUAUUUU